UGUUAUAUUACUUAAUAGACCGUAACGUCAGGGUGAAAAGAGAUUACACGAAAUAGGAAGUUAAACGUUACCCAUUUUUUAUACAUCAAGAGUUAAUUUUUAAUUGUGAGUCGGGUUUUGAAAGGGUGUUCAAAUGCAAACCUUAAAAGUAACGUGAGAUAUGAGACCAAGUGUUCGCAACACGAGGAUUUUAUAUUUACAACUAGUACUACUGCCACAGUAUCUAACUAACGACGAGUAACUAUUUAGUAUUUUAUAAAUUAAUUUAUAGGCCUAAGUUAGUUACACUGUUAGUGCUACGAAAAAUGGAAGAUUAAAGUAAUGUUCAUUUUAUUAUGACGUAGGUGUAGCAUGUAUCUUCAAACACGUAUAGAACAUUUUUGAAGUUCGUUUUCACAGCCGUCAGUUAAUACUAGUAAUAAUAUAAGUAACAACAAUUCGAAUUCGAUUCCUCUAACUUCUAGUCUACUGUUCAGUGUUCUACAGAUCAGUAGAGUCAUGGUUAGCAGUAACACUAGCACUGUAGCAGUACUACAAUUAUUAUUACUAUUGAAGACAACCAUUCACUCGAUAGUCCUGCACUAGCACUUUUUACUGUGGAAAGUUUUUCAUAACUUGGGAUUUUCUUGCAAAAUUUGUUUGUUCUUGUAGAUCAUAUGAUCACAAACGACAUCUUACUCUUACUGUCGACGUGUGACAUUAAAUCACAUAAAUCAAAUGCAAUUAAUGACAGCAGCAACUCGUAGUUGCACCUCUCACGUAAGACCAGUUAAGCUUGAAGCCAGUGAAGGUUUUACUUUUAACCAAACUACUCUGAACAGAAGGAAGAAAGAAUUAUCGUGGCCCAUGUGUCGUCACAUUGUUGGCAAAUAUAGAGCCUGCAUCAACAAAAUUGAUAUUGUUAUUAGCACUACUAGGCCUCUCAGUGUCAAUAACUAUGGGUAAUAGAUUUUAAACUUGAAUAAAGGUUUAUUAUCGAUCAAAGUAGAUGAGAUUUUGAAUAUAAUAACAGAAGUUUUUUAAAUAAACGUUAUAAAUAAAUAAACCUAUAAAGAAGUAACCUGAUAUUUUUGAAAGUAAGAUAGCCAAGAUUGGUGUUUUACCAACCAUUUGUUCAUUAUUCAAUAGUCACUGCUGUCGAUGACAUUAUGUUUGAGCCAUUAUUAUUAAGAUGAGUGUAGCUGAUAAAUUGUAAAGUGAUAUGUGGACUUACAAAAUAGUAGUCUGACACUUGAUAAAAAAAAAUGGAUAUUUCAAGACGUAAUCCUCAAGAUGAGUAUGAACUUGUGCAAAGAAUUGGAAGUGGAACUUAUGGGGAUGUUUAUAAGGCACUGCGAAUGUGUACAGGAGAGAUGGCAGCUGUUAAAGUUAUUAAACUAGAACCAGGUGAUGACUUCUCUAUUAUUCAGCAGGAAAUAUUAAUGAUGAAAGAUUGUAGACAUCCAAAUAUUGUGGCUUAUUUUGGAAGCUAUCUCAGGAGAGACAGACUUUGGAUAUGCAUGGAGUACUGUGGUGGUGGGUCCCUACAGGACAUUUAUCAUAUCACAGGACCCCUGAUGGAAGCACAAAUAGCCUAUGUGUGUCGGGAAACAUUAAAAGGCUUAGAAUACCUUCAUUACAUGGGGAAAAUGCAUAGGGACAUUAAAGGUGCUAACAUUCUGUUGACGGAAGAUGGGGAUGUAAAACUUGCUGACUUUGGAGUUUCUGCACAAAUAACGGCAACUAUCAGCAAACGAAGGUCAUUCAUUGGCACACCUUACUGGAUGGCUCCUGAAGUUGCAGCUGUAGAACGUAAAGGAGGCUAUAAUCAACAGUGUGAUAUAUGGGCCUUAGGAAUUACAGCAAUAGAACUUGCAGAAUUACAGCCUCCCAUGUUUGACCUUCAUCCCAUGCGGGCACUUUUCUUGAUGUCCAAAUCUGGUUUUAAGCCUCCAACGCUUAAGGAUAAAAAUAAUUGGUCUCCAAAUUUCCACCAUUUUGUGAAAGUAGCCUUGACAAAAAAUCCAAAGAAACGACCUACAGCUGAACGACUUCUUUUGCAUCCAUUUCUACAAGGAAACUUACCGAAACGACUAGCCAAAGAACUUCUUGAUAAAGCCAAUAAUCCACAUCAUCAUUUUGCAGACUUUGACCUUGAUGAUGAGGGGGCUAUACCUGAUGUACCACAACGAAUUACAUCUAAAAGAUCGGAUAAAAUGAAGCAGAGAACCAAGUCAGAACUUCACAUGGAAAGUCUGAAUUUUGAACCUCCUUUGUUGACUGAAUUAUCAACAGCAACAGAUCAGGACACUGGGCAGUGUGAUAUAUCACAAGCUUGGGGAAUUUCUGAGGACAUUGGAUCAGAAAGCCACUAUGAUUUAGCCACAGCUUGGAUGGAACAGGAUUCUGAUGCUGAAGUCAUUCACAGACUUAACCAAGCAGCUGAAACUGAGGCACGAUUCUGUGAUGCACUUAGAAGUCUCUUAGAAAUAGUUGAUGAAGAACUUCUCCACAGGGGCCAUAUGGAAAGCUUAGCAGAGUUUGAAGAUGAUCUAAAGUUUUCACAGCAGAAUACAGUACGACCUCAAAGAACUCAUUCUGAGGGAGCAAAAGAUUUUCGUCAACAAGCAAGAGGAAAGAUGAGACCAAGGUCUAUAGGUGAAAAUGGUCACCUUCCAAACCUAUAUACUGAUACCAAAAAUGAUCUUGAUAGAGCAGCAACACUUACAUCUGGUGUUUCUUUGGCAGAUAAUGAUUGCAGAUUCCAAGAAAAAAGAUCAUCUUUAAUUGCAGAUUCCAGUAAAAAAGAUCAUCUUCUCCUACAACUGAACUCCUUGGCGAGUUGUUAUAAUGAGCCAAAUGAUACCAGUAGUAAACAGGAAGAGAGUGGAAACUCUACAUCUCUGGAAGCCCCACCCCAGGCACCACCCAGGAGACGAGACAGAAAGAAAUAUAUGCCACCAAAACCAGUAUGUAAUGGUCUUCCACCAACACCCAGAGUUCAUAUGGGUGCAUGCUUCUCUAAAGUUUUUAAUGGGUGUCCACUCAGGAUUCACUGUGCAGCAAGUUGGGUCCAUCCAGAAACAAGAGACCAAAUCAUUUUGUUUGGUUGUGAAGAAGGAAUUUAUACUUUUAACCUGAACGAGCUUCACGAUGCUUGUGUAGAUCAGCUCUAUCCAAGACGAACAACAUGGAUGUUUAUCAUUAAAGAUGUCUUGAUGUCGCUCUCAGAUGAAAGAGUCUUAAAAAGUUUUCAAAUAAAGUAUAAGAGAAAAUUUGCUACCACUACCAAAGUCCCUGAUACCAAAGGAUGCUUAAGAUGCUGUGUUGCCAGAAAUCCUUACAAUGGGUACAACUACCUCUGUGGAGCCUUGCCAAACGGAAUUUUCCUGAUGCAGUGGUACAACCCAUUAAACAAAUUCAUGUUGUUAAAGCAUUUUGAGAUUUUUAUGCCCAGCAAGCCUGCAGUUUUUGAGAUGAUCAUAACACCGGAUUUAGAAUAUCCCAUGGUUUGUGUGGGAGUGCGUAGAGGGCGUGACAAAGGACACUUGAAACUUGACAUGAUAGAUCUUAACUCUGCAGGGAGCUGGGUUAAUGAUGACAGAGAAGGAACAGAAACUGUUGUCACAUGGCACGAGUAUCUGAACAUUGUCAAUGUGUCACACUUGGAGAGAGAUACGAUUUUAGUGUGUUACGACAAUCUUGUAAAGGUUGUAAAUCUUCAAGGGAAAUUAAAAUCCAGUAGAGCACAACCUGCAGAGCUGCAGUUUGAUUUCCAAAUAGAAUCUAUAGUAUGUCUGACUGACUGCGUAUUAGCAUUUCAUAAACAUGGAAUGCAGGGUAGAAGUUUCAAAAACAAUGAAAUAGUUCAAGAAAUUCAUGACUACACAAGGACAUUCCGCUUGUUAGGCUCAGACAGGAUUGUUGUGUUAGAAAGCAGACCAACAGAUGAGCCCAACAGCCCUUCAAACCUGUAUAUACUGGCUGGGCAUGAGAAUAGCUACUAGCAUCGUUUUAUGCUUUUAAAGCUGCAGAUUGUGGUUACCACCUUCUACCAUUUUGUUAUGUUAUUCUACAAAAAAUGCCAGUUUCCUCUUCAAAUUAGAACUGGCAAGAAAUUCGUAAAUGUGCCCUGAAGAUGAACAGUUUGCUCAAGGAAUGAUUAAAGUUUGUUUAGCCACAAGUACAGAUGGGAGUCACUUAAUAUAGGCUGUGUGAAAGUGGAGAACAAUUGGUUCAAGUUCUGAGUCUUUGAAUUUUUUUUAAAUGCACAAAGAUAUGUAUAGAUGGUUAACUGAUAAGUGGCUUAAUAUUUAACAUUGCAGAGUGCAAAGCCUGUGCUUUGAGUUGACUGCACAAUAACUAAAUAGCAUAAGGCCAAAGACUACUUUCAUUUGUUGUACAGUGUAAAGUGGAGUUUUUCACCUUAACCUGAUUAUUUAUACAUCUUGAUUGUGUAUGUAGAGGUCUUGAAUGUUUUUAUCUCUAUGUUAUUAUCAAAUGUUGUGUAAAUAUCUAGUAGAGAAUUAUAUUGGUGGAUAUUAUCAACUGUAUGUAGUUUAAAAAUCACUUCCUGUUACUAUAUUCAGUUUUCUGAACAUGAUGAGCAUAAAAUAUAUGAUUGUCUAUUUGUUGUAUAUAAGCAGAACUGUUAAGUUACUUUUUUGACACAUUUGUGUGUACCAUUUAAAUACAUGAUCUAUGCAGAGAGUAGAAAGUUUAAUCUUUAUUUCUUGUGAGUGUUUUUGUGCAAUGUUUUUGCCUCUUUCCAUAUAAAUUGCUGACUUUUGAAAUUAUUAAAGAAAGAAAAAAUAUAUAUAUAUUUAUUGAACUUGGUUUAGAAUAGUGUAUAUAUAUAUAAAAAACAUAACAUUUAAGUUUCUACAAGUAGAUAUUAAAGGUUAAACCAGACAAAAAAGUAACUGCAAAGUUUCUUGCUACUCAGGUUUUACAUCGAAUUAUGUAUGAUUAAAAGCUUUAAUAGUAAGAAUGUAAAGAGACCUUGUUGACAUCAGUAUGUUAUUUAUACUUAGAAAAAUUUCAUGUACUGAAGAAUUUAAGCUUGUAGGAAUACUAAUUAAUUUUUCACAAAUUUUGACAAAAUCUUUUAAUAAAAAAAUUAGGAAGAAAACAGAUUGUGGUCUGUGUGCCAAAAGUCAAGAUUUUUGUGUCUUUAUGUUAAGGCAGUUUUCAGGUUUUGAUUCAGCUUUAUUUCAAGUCUUUUAACCUCAUGAUUAGAGCAAUAGAUUUAAAAAGAAAUGAGUAUUAGGUAUAUUUUGAUAAAUUGUUUUUUAUUUGACAAUCUGAUGUUUUUUUUAUGAUCUAUCUACUCUGUUUCUUCGUAAUAUGUAAGUUAAUUGAUAUUGAUAAAUUUCUAUUUCCUAGACAUUUCUCUGUCAAAAUUAGAUCCUGUUCUUUUAUGACUAUAACUCAGUGCUCCUUCGAGUGGCUUUGAAUGAAGUGUCAGGAAUUGUUCUGUUUUUGCUACUCCAUGUAUAUAGACUUUAAUUGAAGAGCAACAUAACCCUAACCUAAUCAAAUUGAAUAUUCUGUGGCUCAUCCAAGUACUUCUUGACAUAGGUUAUUUAUAAAAUUCAGAGAAUAAAGAACUGUAUCUGUUUCAUAGUACACUGCAGAAUUAAUUUAUAAAACUUAAGAGAUGAAUUUCUAUCUUGUAUGCACAACAGCAAGUAAAAAUUGUGUACUGAAAGCUCACAUUAUUUUAUCAGCUUUUGAUGUGCAUGUACUGUGCUCUCCAGUAAUAUUUUAAGCUUCCUUACAUAAACAAUAUUAUUUUUCCCGUACUAUAUAGUCUUAACAACUCUUGCCAAGUGAAACACAUCCAUAUUUGUGGGUUUUCUAUUCUGUCAUAAAUGGUAUGAUUGAAAUAAGUAAAAGUGCAAGUACUUCUUGCAGUACUUUUUUGUAACCCUAAAGGAAUCACGAAACUUUGUAGCUAAUAUUUAGAUGAAAUUCUAAUUUGUCUUGUGCUAUGAUAUCAGAAAAAUAUGAAAAUGUCAUACAGUAAUAAUACUUUUGAAGUGCCCUUCAUGAUUGAUACCAUCUAAGAAAUUUCAAGUUCUGUUGAAAGUACUACAAUAAUUACGAAGAUUUUCAAACAGAAAUGUACCUCAUUGAGUAUGUAUUUGUAGUUUUUUUAGUUUUCAGAACACAGAAAUAUUUGAUUUACACAGAGAUCUAUUGAUAAUUUCAAAUGUGAAGAAUUUUUAAUUUGACACGUGUGAAAAAUGUAAUACAGUCGUCAUAACAUAUGAUCUCAAUACUGUCAUACUGUAAAAUAUUAUGAGUGAAUAUCUUCUUCGGGCCUUUGAUCUCCAUACGUUAGAGGUCAAAUACCUUUAACUAAUCACAUCUCCAGUCAUAUGAUCUCUGUGACAUGUUAUUGUGAAAAAAAAUUACUAUUCUAACAUGCAUAUAUUUAUAUAUAGUGUGUAUGUAUGAUCUCUCUCUACUGUAUGUUGACAAAAAAAGCCAUUUUUCAAGUAAUACACAUUCAGAUCUCUAUUUUAUGUGCCUUUUUUUUCUUUUUCUUUUAAAAUCAUUCUUUGUGUAAUUCCAUCAAGAUCUCUAAUAUCUGCAGCUUUUUACUGAAGAAAACCCAUUAACGUUAUAUUUCAUAUCCAGUUCUUUUAACUAGAUAAGAGUGAUGAGAAUAAGGAAGACAAGAGCUAAAGUAUGGAAAGGUAUAUAUAUAUAGUUUCAUGAUCUUUGAGCAAACUCUAAGAGUACUUGGAUGUGCUGCUACAAGUAGUGAAGAGCUUAAACAAGUUAUGGUGUGGGCAGAAAGAACAAUGCUUGAUUCUGGCUGUAGUGUAUAUAUAUUGAUGGUCUUUGAGAAGUUUGCAUUCUAAUUUUGUUUUAAACAUAUAAACAAGUGUUAUUUAUGUUUGUUAAAGUGUUAACUACUAUAGCGAAUAGCAAUAUUAUUGUCAUUAGAGGGCGUUGAGAGGAACUUUUUACUCUUUAUGAUAAAAGCAAAUAAAUGAAAGGUAAUGACCAUUUCAAACUCCUAAACCAUUUUUGAUGGGAGUGGGGGGUGUAAAGUAAACUUAAAAGCUGAAGAAGUUAAAGCUGUAAUUUACCUCUAGAUAUAAAUACCCACUUUUAUGUUUAUUUUGUCAUGAGUAUUACUUCUUUUGUGGUUUAUAAAGAUUGUAUAUGUCUACAUUAAUUUUACAAAAAAUUGUUUGUAUGUUUAGAAAAAGACCAUUAAGUUGUGUUACCAAUUGAAUAACUUUUUUUAAAAAUAAUGCUAAAGUGCUAUUUAAGGUCAUGACAUAAUCAACUUAAUUAUUAACUGUGAUUAAGGCUUCCCGUUAUUGUUAUUUGUUUGAUUUAAUAUUUAUACAUCAUAUUUGAAUGGUUUAUAUAAUAUAUUUGGACUUAAUGAAUUGUUAUUGUCACAUUUAAAGCUAAAUGGGAUAGUCAUAUCAGCAAUGUCCUGUCUAGCAUUUUUAAUGACAUUUACAUAGCUCUUGGUAAUAUUAAUACACUAGUUUAUAAUAAAAAAAAAAUUAUAUGUAUACGUGUGUGCGUGCGUGCGUGUAUGUGUGUGUGCAAGAGGUACAAUUAUAAUGUUAGUGAAUGUAGACUUUAGAAAGCUAAUUAACUUUUUUUAACAAUAAAAAUAUUUUAAAGCUGUUAUUGAUUUUUUUUUUUCAAGUCACUUAAUUCAGGUUAAUUAUUUUGCUAUUUAGCAGUGAAAUGGGUUGUAUGAUGCUGAUAAUUUUUCAUUACUCUAACCCUAUCUUUGUAUAUCAGUCUUAAUUUUUUUAUGUAGCACUGAUAAGUACUUAAUUAUAUACUUCACAGAUGUUUUUCCACCAGAGUUAUUAGAUAGAUAUUAGUAUGUUAAUCAAAAGGGAUUAUCCCAAAUAUAUAACAAAAACAGUUAAGUAAAGAAUGCUCAAUAUUUAACUAAGAAAGAUUUUUUAAAAAUGUAUACUUCUGCACACCAAGCAGUGAUAUACACAUUAGAAAUGUGAUAACAGAAGUCACCAUCUUAAAUGUCAAUUUUAACAACUUGAAUAGGAGUUAGAAAAAGAAAAUUCUCUUUAAGAUCACUCGCGUGUCAUUAUAUCUACAAAAAAAAAGUCUUAAUUUGAAUGUCACUUUACAACAAAGUAACCAUUAUAUACUGUUAUGCAAGCAAACAAGUUUGAAUAACAUUGUAGUCACUGUGAGACGUUAAGAAACAACAUGGACAUUAAUGUUUAUCUUUUUAUAUAUAUAUGUUUUGUAGCAGUCAAAAGACAAAAAAUAGCUGCUAUGGUUACAGAAGUGUGCAUGAUGUAAAAGCAAAGCAAAUGUUACUUUAAGCAAGAUUUGUUUUGGGACUAAAUAUUUUUUACUUAAGUUGCUCAAAACUAUAUUGUAUCUCAGUCGAUAUUCAAGAGUUUGACUUAUAUAAGUAUCUUCUUGUCUGUCAAACUUGAUUGUCGGGUAAACUUAGAGCAGUUUUGUUAGAUUUUAUACUUUUUAUAGCUGCAUAACUCAUGUUUUAUUUUAAAACUACAGAACAGACUUUGUUACUAGUCAGUGCUAUUUCACUUUUAAAAUGUAGUAACUUAUUUAUCAUGAUCACUUUUUUUACACAUUUAAUUUUAUAGUAAAGGGUUGCACACAAAUGUGAUGUUUAUUUAUGUGAUGUCACAGCAUAUAUGAAUGUUCUGAUCAUGCUUUUAAAGUCAAGCAUUUUGGCUCAGAUCUUUCUGAUUUAAUUUGAACUCUAAAUUUAAAAAAUGGUUAAAUGCUUUGUCUUAUUUGAUGUAUUUACUAUGAUUAAAAUUGUCUUCGAACCACAU